AUGUGGUCAAGAUAUUUUUUGAAUGUGAGGAGACAAACAACUUUUUCGACAUCACCCCCGACAACACCUCCGACAACACCUUCGACAAAGCCUCUGACAACGGAACCACCUCAUAUAACAACACAUAAAAAAACAAAAGGACCUCGUGGAAAAUCAAGUGCAGACACAUUAAGUCCUAGAGCUAUACUAAUAUUAAAAAGUUUAUCAGUAGCAUUUGUUGGGGCGGGAAUAGUAUUUUCCAUAUAUUUAGGACGACCGUUUGAUGGUGAUCGGGAAAAUCAGUAUAAAGAUUUAAGCAAGUUGACAGCAUGGUAUAAACGAUUUCAAGCACAUAAAUUAUUACCAGAUAAAAAUUCGUUACCCAAUUAUUCACCAUAUACUUUAGUAAUUAAUUUAGAUCAAACACUUAUUUAUUCAACUUGGGAUGUGAUUGAUUAUUUUUUAUUUGUGGCAUCAAAUCUUUUUGAAGUUGUUAUUUUUACUUCACAACCUUCUUAUGUGAAACAAAUUCUUAUGAAACUUGAUCCACUUGCUAUGGUUCCUUUACGACUUUAUAGAGAAUCGACGAGAUAUGUAGAAGGAAAGAUUGUUAAGGAUCUUUCUAAAUUAAAUAGGGAUCUUUCUAAAGUAAUAAUAAUGGAUUCUAAUCCUGAUGCAUAUUCACUGCAACCAGAAAAUGCUAUUGCAAUUCCUCCAUGGAAAGGAGAUCCCAAUGAUACUUUUUUGAUCGAUAUUAUUCCAUUCCUUGAACAUUUCACAUUAUUAUCACCAUAUGAAAUUCACGAUGUUAGACCAAUAUUAAAACUAUUCCAAGGAAAAGAUGUUCCCAAGGCGUACGCUGAAUGGGAAGAACAAUGGAAAAAACAAAGACAAAUGGAAUAUGAAAAGGCUAAAAAGGAAAAGAAAGGUUUAGCAAGUUUUGUUUCCGCUAUUGGAUUUGGUUCAACGCAAGAAAUUCCUCCAUAUCAACAAGCAUUAUUACAUCGUCAAAUGGCGCACGAUGGAUUACUUCAACAUUAUAAAUCUUUAAAAGAACAAAGUCCAGAGUUACAACGCGCUAUGAAACAAGAUAUGGAUAAUUAUGAGAAACAAAUUGCAGAAAGGAUGAAAGAACAAAAAAUGACACUUUGGCAAUUAGCAACACAAGGACCUCCACAAAUAUUAUAUACAGGAAUGCAAGAACAACAACAACAAUCAGAUUAUCAAAAUUAUCAAACUUCUCCUCAAUCGUCAGCAUCACAAUAA